GCAAUAAGAGAAGCAUUAAGAGAGCGGCCGAUCCACCGUGAAAUGAUGAGUCACACAAAAUUUGACAGUUGAGGAAAAAUCAACUUGAAGUAGGUGGCACUGAAGUGUGUGGAGUCUUUUGCCACCACAGGAUGAAAAAAGUGUCAUUGUACACACACUGCCUGCAAUAUUUCAAUAUCCUGUUUGUGGCUCCUUUGUAACGCUGCUGGCACAAGAUUAUCUGAAGGGUCACAGAAGAUAAAGGAACACAAUGUGCGCUGACUGGUGAUAUACCUCGGAGAGAGACAGCAUGGCCCAUCUGUUAUUCAUGAAGUUUAAAACAGCAGCCACAAAUAUCAAUCGAUCGCUUUCACCAUGUGUGCCACUUGCGCGUCACUGAGUGCGCACGGCGCCCUGCCUGUUGUUACUGCUGCUGCUGGAGGAGAGGCUGCGCGCUCACACCCACAUUCAACAGGCACUGGAGGAUACUUGUUACAUGUACAGUUUUUUUUAUUAGUAUUACUUUAUACUGAGUAAUAAGUGCGGAGCGGUUGGAGACAACACUGUGGGGAUCUGGGAAGGCGAUGUGUGUUUUGUAGGGUUUGUGAUGUGUUCAAGUUGCGCGCUAUGGUGCAUACGCAAAUCCUCUCCCACCAUUCUAGCUUUGCACCUCUGUAGGUAGAUCAGACUCGUGAUAUAACUAAAGCAUUUACAAUAGUCGGGGAAAGGAGAAGAGGAUGGCAGCUCCACAUAACGGAUCAAACAUAACGGGGAACUACACCAACCAGUUUGUGCAGCCGCCGUGGCGCGUCGCUCUCUGGUCCGUAGCCUACAGCUUCGUGCUGGCGGUGGCGGUGUUUGGAAACCUCGUUGUGAUAUGGAUCAUUCUUGCCCACAAACGCAUGAGGACGGUGACGAAUUACUUUCUCCUGAAUUUGGCGUUUUCGGACGCGUCAAUGGCCGCAUUUAACACUUUGAUAAACUUUAUCUACGCUGCCCACGGGGAGUGGUACUUCGGAGAAGCGUACUGCAAAUUCCACAACUUCUUCCCGGUCACAUCCGUGUUUGCAAGCAUCUACUCCAUGACUGCGAUAGCUGUGGACAGGUACAUGGCCAUCAUCCAUCCCCUGAAACCUCGUCUGUCUGCAAAGGCCACCACAGGAGUCAUCAUCUGUAUCUGGAGUCUGGCUGUGGUUCUGGCCUUCCCUCUCUGCUACUUCUCCACCACCCGAGCUCUGCCCGGCAGGACCCUCUGCUACGUGGCCUGGCCCCGCAUGGCUGACGACCCCUUCAUGUAUCAUAUCAUAGUUACAAUUCUGGUCUACGUGCUGCCCUUAGUGGUGAUGGGCAUCACUUACACCAUCGUGGGGGUGACUCUGUGGGGAGGGGAGAUCCCAGGAGACUCAUCUGAUAACUAUCAUGGACAGCUUAGGGCUAAAAGGAAGGUGGUGAAGAUGAUGAUCAUUGUGGUGGUGACCUUUGCCCUCUGCUGGCUGCCCUAUCAUGUCUACUUCAUUGUGACGGGUCUCAACAAGCGUCUCAGCAAGUGGAAGUACAUCCAGCAGGUUUACCUGUCAAUGAUGUGGCUGGCAAUGAGCUCCACCAUGUACAACCCCAUCAUCUACUGCUGCCUCAACAGCAGGUUUCGAGCUGGCUUCAAGCGAGCGUUUCGUUGGUGCCCAUUCAUCAAGGUGUCCAGCUACGAUGAGUUGGAACUACGCUCUACACGACUGCACCCAACACGCCAGAGCAGCAUGUACACUCUGUCACGAAUGGAUACCACCACGGUGGCGGUUUAUGACACUGCCGAGGGCGAUGGCGGCACUGGUGGUGGCUCUGGAAGGAAGCACUCCCUGUCCGCUAGGAAGAGAAGCUACAUCACGUCUCGCCACACGGAGAUCACUGGAUGCAACGGUGGCAGUGCAAAAACGCAAAAUGGAGGGGCUCCAAGCGCUCAACCUGAGGAGUUCUCUUGAAGGGUGUUCUCACAGACUUACACACAGACAUAUGCAUGUAAGAAAUGUAUUCACAUGCAUAAUACACUGUACAUACACGGUGCACAGAUGUUUGCAUAAUUUAGACGUAGACACAUUGUAUCAAGGUGGAAGUGGUUACUUUACCAAGCAGAGAAUGACCACAUGGAUAUAGAGAUUAUUUAAUAUUUUACCUUGAUGGAUAAUAUAGAUUUUUUUUAAGAUACCCUGGAGCAUGGAUGGAUUACUGAGCAGGCUUAUUGGGCAAGUGAAUGUUACAAAAAAAAGUCACACAGCUCAAUCAAAAGCAGGGAUGUCCCUAUUACAUUGUUUUUGCUCCUGAAUCAGCCGAUACAGUGUGAUCAAAAUGUAUUUUUACUAUAUGUUUGUUAAUUUUUCCCCACAUAAUACAGCUGUUAGUACUACAGUAAACCUACAUUAAAAUAAAUAAAGCAAUUUAAAUAUGUUUCACAGCAGAAUCUGUCCAUGCUCAGGAGCAGCCUUAACAACAUACGAGGUAUGAUCAUCUAAAUUACAGGCACUUUGCCUUUAAAUGAUACAUUCAGGUUUUCCCCUUAUCCAAUCAGGGUCCCUUUGCAUUCAUGAAAUACUGUACAGCUUCCUUCUUCAGCCAAACAUUCAGAUCUGAUUGAGAUUAGCAUUUAAACACAGUCAGUGCACUGCUGUUUUCAUUAAGGUCUCUGUCCCACAGUUCAAAUGAUUGAUAAUUAAAUUAAUCAGUUCUGGUUGGAUAUUCGCAAUUAAAAUAUAUGCUAAGAUGGUGAGACCACCUCACAAUGGAGGUAAUCUGAAAAUACGUCAUGGUGAUUGUAAUUCUGUAAGUAUGUCAUAGUUUUCAUUUUCAUCUGUAAGUAUUAACUGUGAACUUUAUGUGAUACAGAGGUUGUACUCUGCAUCUAUUUCCCCCUGAAACUGAGCGGCUGCAGUGAGUUGCCAAUGGAAUAGCUGCUGAUUGAACUCUGUUUGGCUCUAUAUGUGGCUCUGAAAGUACUGAAAUUGAGUUUGGCUUUCCUGUUAUGUAAGAUGUAAAGAACAUGUUUCCUGGUAACUGGCAACGAGCCAGAGGCGAAAUCCAGUAUACAUUUGUAACACGUCAUUAAACAGGCUGCUGGAGAAUGAGCAGAUUGAAAGCGAACAAACCAACUAGGAGUUAGUGGAUCAAUGUCUCUCAUUUUUACAUUGACAACUAAGUGAAGGAAAAAUAUAGGAAGCGGCACAGUGAAGUGCAGUCAUGUUCUUUUAAAUGCCUUUGUACAAUGUGUCAUCAGAAAGCAGCACCGUUUUCGUCUAUUGCAGUUGUUGGUGUUUUAGUAGUUUCUUCCAGCAUGCUGUUAUCCUGUGUUGCAUCUUAAUUUAACUCUCUGCUUGGGUGCACAUAAUGUGUUGAAACUGCACCAAGCAAUUUGCUAGCCUCUGCCAUGUGCACAUCAUAGAGAAGUUUGCCCUCAGGGCCUUCUACCAGAAAGCCUUACUACUUGGUUAGGUUUAGGCACCAAAACUACUUGGUUAGGUUUAGGAAAAAAGAAAGGCAAAAAGCCUUUCUACCAGAAAGCCCUGAAGGCAAGCUUCUCCCACAUACGUGCCAUGUUGGGUUUACAAUAUAAGUGGAACCAAACUGUGAUAAGUAGAAUUAUAUAAACUAUAGGAACAGUAUGUCCCUUCUGACUCAGCAACACAAAGACAUGGCUACUAAUAAGGGUGAGAAAAAUCUUACUAUAUGUGCUCAUGGCUGUUGCUAUAACUCACUGCUGGGAAUUGAAUUGAAUUAAUAGUUUUGUUUGACAUUUUUAUCUGUAUUUUUAUCAGUAUUAGUGUUUUGGUUAGUCUUUAAAGAUACUCCAAAAUGUAAAAAAAAAAAAAAUAAUGUAUUUAGUGUCCUGCUAGUUGCAGUAAAAUCUGAAUUUGGAGUCCGACAGUUUGUGAUGGCAGGUUAUAUAUACAUGUUAUUUAACAAAUGGCAAAAGGUUCCCAGAAAAAAAUUGUCCGUAAUUGUUCUUACCAACAGUUCUGAAUGUUCAGACUUCAUGAAAGUAUUUACUCAAGAAUGUGAAGAAAAGCAUGUUGUGCAUUUCAGUGUCAUGUAUUUUUAAGCUGUUGUCUAAUCAUUAUAUUGAAGUUGGUUAAAUAUUUGUAUGUGGUAAUUGAGUUUUUUUUCAUGUUUCUCUGUAUAAAGGUAUCUUUUCUAUGAAUGUACAGUACAAUGUGUGCCUCUAUCUCUGUCAAAUGGUGACCAUAUUAUUUGUUGUGUCUAUAAAGGAAAACUGGUUUAUUUCAA